CUUUUUUCCAUUUUUUGCUGGAAGUUGAUUUUGGAAAAUAACAAGUAGCCGUCAAGUUAAGUAUAGCGCUAUAUAUAUAGCAUGGACAAAGGUGCAACAGUGGCUGAAAUUCAGAGUUCUGCUACGGUUGACUGGACACCACUGGGCGACAUUUAUGUAAAGAAAUACCUGAACUACAACUUGGACUGGCAAGUAAAUUUAGCAGAGAAUCAUGUUUCAAUUUCUCCUUAUGGAGGUCCAAUAGCCAUUUUUCCCAGAGUGGUUUCGAAAAAACAGGGGGUGUCCAAGCCGGUUAUUACCAUCUAUACUCAAGCUGGGAAGGUUAUCUCAACUAUACCGUGGGGUGGUGGAAACAUUAUUGGGCUCGGAUGGACGAGUUCUGAACAUGUUGUGUGCAUACUAGAAGAUGGAAACAUGGUAGUUUACAACAUAUACGGGAAGCACCUAUAUGCUCGGAUUCUUGCACGGGAGAUUCGUGAUGACCGUGUACUGGAGUGCAAGUUCUUCCAUACCUUGGAGGGGAGUGCAGGAUUUGCUGUGAUGACCAACAAGUAUCAAUUUUUUCUUGUGGCAGAUUCUGAUCGCUCAAAAGAUGACAUUCGUGUCAAGAAACUAGCCGAUAUUCCUUCAUCCACAAGCAAGCCCAACUGUUGGGCUGUCCUUCCUGUGGGCAACCAAGUGUCUGUGACCGUAGCCAUUCAUGAUCGACUGUUUGUACUUGAUCCCUAUGAGGCAGUGUUGCAGACAAUAAACUGUAAGAAGGGUGGUUCUCUAUGCUGGGUUGAGUUGGCAGUGUCUCCAAACGGCAAAGCAGUGGCUCUAGUUGAUCAGGACGGAUAUCUGUGGGGUGGCUCCUCCGAUUUUAAAGUGUGUGAGACGGAAUUUGACCUUCAGUCGAGGUCGAGAGUUCUUCAGCUGCAAUGGGGUGGAAAAGAUUUCUUUGUGCUUGUUAUGGAUCAGUUGAUGUUUGUGAAAGGAUUUGACAAACACUGGUGCAAAUACCACCUCCAGGAGCCUUGUUUUCUCCUUUCAGAGAUCGAUGGCGUGAGGAUUCUAACCAAUUCAGCCUGUGAAUUCAUGCAUCGAGUUACAUCUCCAUCUUUGGCUGUACUGCGCAUUGGCUCGAUGGAGGUAGGUGCACUUCUCAAUGAUGCCUACAAAGAAUAUGAGGGAGAUGAGAGUCACAAGGCAGAUGAGUAUAUUAGAUUCGUCAAGGACCGUCUACCGGAGGCUGUGAUGCAGUGUAUCAAAGCUGCUGGAGAGGAGUUCCAGCCGCCUAUUCAACAAAGUCUCCUCAAGAGCUCGAACUUUGGAAAAGGUUUCCUCGGUCCAGACAUCCCCAGUGAUGUUGUGAAUGAGUUUGUUGAAAUGUGCCAUCAGCUCAGGGUCUUGAACAGUGUUAGACAAUCAAGCAUUGGGAUCCCUAUCACCUUCAGACAAUACUAUCGACUGUCCACUGGGGUUCUCAUUGACAGAUUGAUCAACCGAGGUUUGUAUCCACUGGCAAUGGAAAUAUGCAAGUACCUCAAAAUUCCUCCUGCAAAUGGAGAGGUGAAGAUACUCAAAGAGUGGGCUUUGCGAAAGAUUCAAGAUGUCUCCUUAUCUGAUGAUGAAGUUGCCAGGCAGAUUAUUGACAAGUUCAAUGGAAGCAAAGUGGUAGUGUCAUUUGCUGAGAUUGCCAGAGCCUCCAAGGCUGGUGGAAGGAAACCUCUCGCUGCUAUGUUACUGGACCAUGAAGUUCAUGCCCGGGAUCAAGUCCCGAUGUUAAUGGAAAUGGACAAAGUGGAUAUAGCACUGGACAAGGCUGUGGAGAGUGGAGACCCACAACUCAUGUUCAAGGUUCUGGAUGAGCUCAAGUACAAGCGCUACCACUCGCAAAUGGAUAAGUACCUCCAGUUGUUUCAUCAUCGACCGGUUGCUGCUGCUUUGUAUAGAAAGCUCUGCAAAGAAGUCGACCAGGAGCAGUUGCUGAACUUACAUCGUCAAGAGAGUGACUUUUUGGAGGCUGGAUGUUUGCAAUUUGCACAGAGUUUCAGGCAAAAGGAUCCAGAGCAGCAGCGAAGUUCUCUAGAAGGAGCUGUUAAGGAGUACAAAGAUGGCCAGCACAUGUUUCAUUUAAGGGUAGCUGAAGAACAGGGAAAACUCAGUAAGGAACAGGCAGAGAUAAGUAGGAAGUGUGGAAUUAGGGUGACCGGAGAGUCUCUCUAUGUGACCAUCUAUGAGUGUAUCAAGAACAGGCAACCAAGAAUUGCUGAGCAACUUCGCAAAGAAUUCAAAAUGUCCGACCAGCUGUAUUGGUGGGCUAAAGUUAGAGGACUGGCUGUUAUCGGAGAAUAUGAUGAGCUUGAGAAAUUUUCUAAGCAAAAGAAGUCACCUAUAAGCUAUGAGCCAUUUGCCGAGGCAUGCCUGAAACAUGGAAACCGUAGAGAGGCUAGCAAAUAUGUUGGUCGUAUUGCUCCUGAGAACCGUUUUGACAUGUACAUGAAGAUUGAAGACCUCCAGAAGGCUGCUGAUACCGCUUUUCAAAACAAAAGGAUUGACCAACUGGAGAAUGUACUUAUCAAGGCAGCCAGGCAGCAUGAACUAGUGGAACACAUUAAAAAUCUGAAAGUCAGAUUGGGUUACAAAUAGAAAGUGAUAACCUUUUAUAUUUGAAAACACUGUGUGUGUGUGAUUAUUAUAGUGUAAGGUUAAUAAAAAUGAAUGUUGGGGGGGGGGCAGUUUCCCCUCUGGCAUUCUAGAUGAUUAAAACAAGGACAUGCAAAAUUACUGUGAAAAAAUUAUUGAUCUACACAUG